GGGCGUGGGCUUGCAGACUAGGAGGCCUGCGCCUUUAAGGGGCGGAGUUACGCCCGCUGUAGAGGAAGCGGAUUGGCUGAGAAGAGUCCCCGGAAGUGAUGCCCGGGGAAGCCCACGUGUGCGACUCCACUCCCUAUGGCGGUGCUCCUGAAGAGGCUGCUGCAGCCGGGGAGGCCCCCGGCGGCCUUAGGCCGCCCCCUAGGACGGCGCGAGGCCAGCCUGGGCACUGAUUCCGGGGCUGCGGUGCGAGUGCGCUUCGCCCCUAGCCCCACAGGCUUCUUGCACCUGGGCGGCCUCCGCACUGCCUUGUACAACUACAUCUUUGCCAAGAAGCACCAGGGAAGCUUCAUCCUGAGGCUGGAGGACACGGAUCAGACCCGCCUUGUGCCUGGGGCAGCGGAGAAUAUUGAGGACAUGCUGGAGUGGGCAGGCAUUCCCCCUGAUGAGAGCCCCCGCCGGGGCGGUCCUGCCGGGCCCUACCUGCAAUCUCAGCGACUUGAGCUGUACGCCCAGGCUGCAGAAGCUCUGCUGAAGACCGGCGCUGCUUACCCCUGUUUCUGCUCACCACAGCGGCUGGAGCUGCUGAAGAGGGAGGCCCUGAGGAACCACCAGACGCCCCGAUAUGACAAUCGGUGCCGGAACCUGAGCCCAGGGCAGGUGGCCCAGAAGCUGGCCAAGGACCCCAAGCCUGCUAUCCGCUUCCGUCUGGAGGAGGAGGCCCCAGCCUUUCAGGACCUGGUAUAUGGCUGGAAUCGGCAUGAUGUGGCCACUGUGGAGGGGGACCCAGUCAUCCUGAAGAGUGAUGGCUUCCCUACGUACCACCUGGCCUGCGUGGUGGACGACCACCACAUGGGUGUCAGCCACGUGCUGCGGGGCUCGGAGUGGCUGGUCUCCACCUCCAAGCACCUGCUCCUCUACCGAGCCCUGGGCUGGUCACCCCCUCACUUCGCCCACCUGCCCCUGCUCCUCAACAAGGAUGGCAGCAAGCUCUCCAAGAGGCAAGGGGACAUUUUCUUGGAGCAUUUUGCUGCUGCUGGCUUCCUGCCGGAUGCAUUGCUCGACAUCAUCACCAACUGUGGCUCCGGGUUUGCAGAGAACCAGAUGGGCAGGACCUUGUCAGAGCUGAUAACACAGUUUGACCUGACCCGGAUCACCUGCCACUCAGCCUUGCUAGACCUGGAGAAGCUCCCAGAAUUCAACAGGCUGCAUCUCCGUCGGCUGGUGAGCAGUGAGACCCAGCGGCGCCAGCUGGUGGGGAAGCUACAGACUCUCGUGCAGGAGGCGUUUGGGAACCAGCUGCAAGACAGGGACGUGCUGGACCAAGCCUAUGUGGAGAGAAUCAUCCUGCUGAGACAGGGUCACAUUUGCCGCCUGCAGGAUUUGGUCUCCCCAGCACACUCCUACCUGUGGACUCGCCCAGCUGUGGAUCGAGCACAGCUGGGCGCCAUCUCGGAGCAGGUGGAUGUGAUUGCCAAGCGCGUGCUGGGACUUUUAGAAGGACCUGGUACGAGCUUAACUCAGGACGUGCUGAAUGGAGAACUGAAGAAGCUGUCAGAAGGUCUGGAAGGUACCAAACACAGUAACGUGAUGAAGCUCCUCCGAGUGGCUCUCAGUGGACAGCUGCAAGGACCCCCUGUAGCUGAAAUGAUGGUGUCCUUGGGACCAAAGGAAGUGCGGGAACGAAUACAGAAGAUGCUUUCCAGCUAGAGAGAAUAUGUGCAGGACAGUGGAGGUGGCCCUUGGAACCUGUAACUCGGAAACUGCCUUCAGAGGGGAGGAGAAGGAGGCCUGGGACCAUCAGGAAGCUUGUGGAAGGAUCCCAGAGUGGAGCCAGAGUCUCUGGGUGUACAAGUGCAUUUAUGGCUCCACAACAGGCCCGUCCUCGUCAGUUGGCCAGGGAAGCCCAGCUCCAUCUCACCUCCUUGACUCUGGAAGGGAAGGCCGCAUGUCUGGUUGUGACACCACAUUACACAGCAGAGGUUGGGAGCUGGGUCACAGAAUAGUCCAGAGGGCUUGUGUUUUAGUCAGCUUGUGCUGCCAUAACAAGAGACCACAGACUGGUGGCUUCAACAACAGAAAAUUGUUCUCUUAACAGUCCUGGAGGCUGGAAGUUCAAGAUGAGGUGUUGGCAGUUUUCAUUUCUCCUGAGGUCUCUCUCCUUGGCUUACAGAUGGUGGCCCUCUUGCUGUGUCCUCACAUGGUCUUUCCUCUAUGCGUGCCCUUGGUAUCUCUAGGUGUCCAAAUGUCCUCUUCUUAAAAGGACUCCAGUCAGAUUGGAUUAGGGCCCACCAUGACAGCCUCAUUUUAACUCGACCACCUCUUUAAAGGCCCUGUCUGCAAAUACAGUCACAUUCUGAGGUCCGGGGGUUAUGGCUUCAACAUGGGAGUUUUGAGGGGACACAAUUCAGCCUGUAAGAGCUUGGCAGCAACCUGGGCUCAUGGAUACCAGUUCUCAGGCCCAGGGUGGAUUUGGAGCAAUAAAGGAUGGUUGACACAGGCAAGGCUGAACUGGAUGUCAGACUUUCUUUGGGAUUGUGAGGGGAGAAGUUACUCAUCUGCCGCUGGUGAGCGCUUAUGUUUUGUAGUACACUUUGUCCUUCGACCUGGGGCAGCCUGUGUCUCCCUUCUCUAAAGGUUGUCUCUUCCUCUUUUUCAGUUUUCCACACCUGGUGCUUGGGCUGGAGACCUUCACCCUGCCUAUUCUGCAUCUUUUUCUUCUUAUUCGUGUCCUUCUUCUGCCCAUUAUUUGUAAGUCAUUGUCUGCAGGUUUCUGAAUGAGAUGAUGUUCUUGGGGUGAGUAGGAAUAACUAAAGCGAAAGGUAGCUGGCUAGAGAAACCCUCUGCAAGGCUCCUAGGCCCCGUGCGGCAGCCGGCCUCUAGGACGGCCCCCAGUCAUCCCUAUCUCCUGCUAUUCACAUUGAAUAGGGCUGACUAGUGAUGCAUCAUGGCUUCCAUCUUGUUCUCUUGAAUCCCUUACUUUGUGGGAAGCCAGCUUCCACAUUAUGAGGAUGCUCAAGCAGCUCUAUGGAGAGGUCCAUGUGACAAGGAACUGAGGGCCUCCUACCACAUGAGACAAGCAAGUGAGCCAUUUUGGAAGCUGAUCUUCCAGCCCCAGUCAAGCAUUCAGAUGACUGCAACUUUGGCUGACAUCUUGACUACGACCUUCAUGAAAGAUCCUGAGCCAGAACCACUCAGCAAAGCUGCUCCUGAAUUUCAGAUACACACAGAUUAUGAGAUAAUAAAUGUUUAUUGUUUAAAACCACUUUGGGGAUAAUUUGUUACCCAGCAAUAGAUAGCUAACACACUUUCCUUGCCAAGGGAGAAGGGAAAGUGGAUUAAGAGUUUGUUGAGCCUCAUAGAGUCCUAGUCCUUGCUUGAAUGGGACAUCAGAUAAAGUUCUUUGAUUGCAAGCAAUAGGAACCAACUCUGCCCAGCUUAAGUUUAUUGGAGACUAUAAGUUUAUGGCGAGUUUAAGUUCAUGGCAGAGUCAGUGAAUCUAUGAGAAAGCCAAAGAACCAGGUCUCGGAAAAGACAGAACUGGGGAAGCUCUGGUUAUGCAGGCAGCAGGAGCUAAUGGCCAGUCUUGCCUGCAUUCUUCAGUAGGGACGUGGGCUCCAACUGCUUUUGUUGUUUGGUUCUCUGUUUGUGUUUCCCCUUCAGUUUUGGAUGACUCAGCUGAAAAGAUUCAGAUUCUAAGAAGAGAGUGUCUGGUUGGGCCAACUGAGGUCAUGUUGCCCUUCCUUGGCCAGGAAUAGGUAGUCCCUCAGGGAUUAUAUCCAAUGGAGUGUUCCCACGGAAAAUUAGGGAGCUUUUUCUAGAAGAAGGGGUAACGGCAGAAACGAGGUGUUGACCACAGAAAAUGACACAGAAUAACAAUACUUGCAAUCUAUUGCACAGUUACAUGAGCCUCAACCACUCCUGGGUCUCAGAUUACGUUGGUACACACUUCAGCCCAUCAUCUCAUUAAAUCUUUACAACCCCACGAGAGGUGGUAUUAUUAUUGUUUCUGUGUUAUAGAUAGGGAAACCGAGGCUCAAAAAAGUUAAUGAACUCUUCUGCGGUUAUAGUAUGAGGCAAAGGGAGGAUUCAGACUCAGCCUUACAGCAAUCUAGAGUCCAGGCUCAACUCUCAACUACUGAGUGGCAUCUGCUUCUAGGACAUUAAGGCUGGUUACAAGAAACUGGCUCAUCAGGGAAUGUGAAUGUUUUAAGCAAAUGAGUAAUCGAAAUGCUGAGUUGAUAAAGUCGCUGCCGCUUCCUCAGUUGGAGUGAGCUAAGAAGCAGCCCGUAUCUUUUGGAUUGGGGGUUUUUGCUCAGGACCAGUGGGAGAGUAUGAAGGGAUGCCCACGUAAAAUAACCUCAAGUCCAUCCCCCAGUGUUUUUGAGAGUAUAGUGAAGUGGUAAAGGCCAUGGAGGCAGAUUGUCUGGACUCAAACCCGUUUCUGCCAUUUACUGUGUGACUUCUGUACCUCAGUUUCCUCUUCUGUAAAAUGGGGAUAACAAUUGUACCUGUCUCACAGAGUUGUAAGGAUUGAAAUAGAUGACAUAUGUAAAGCUCUUGAAACAGUGCCUGGCACUUAACAAAUGUUAGCUAUUACCGUCAUGAUCAUUACCAUUAUUUUUAUUCUUAGAGACGGUGAUCUUGGUUGCAAAGCAUAGAAACAUACUCAGAUUGAUUUAAACCAUGAAAGGAAUUUAUUGGAGGAAUUAGGACUCUCACAGAUCCGAAGAGCAGGACUUGCAGCUGGAACCUCAUAAGAGACUAGAAUCUGUACCUGGAAACCCAUUAGGACCCAAGGCAGCUACUGUUGUUCCUGCCAGACCACACAGUUCUAACAUUUGUCCUUCUGUGUGUCUGCUCACGUCAUCUUCCCUCUGCAGGCUGGCUUUCUGUUUUAUCUCCUCACUUGGCCAACAACUGAAUCAUCUUUCUUCUACGCUACCAGUUAAGUAACUAGUAGUCCGUGUCCAAAUUCCCAAGGGAGAAUCUCAUUGACCUAGGUUGGGUCAGCUGUCGACCCCCGUUCCAAUCAACUGUGGCCAGUGGGACAGAGUCAUGUAAUAGGAUCGUGGCUGCAGGGGACCCACUCUAGUGAGUGGGGAGAGCAGUUCCUUCUGAGCAGGUUCUCUUUCAAUUUUAUUUAGAGAGUAUCCGUUCCAGAAAAUUACCAUUUUUCUAUAGCCAAAUUUGGAAUCUCAUUCCUAUUACCUUUAUCCUACUUGGGUUUUUUUCAUAGUAUUUAUUACUCUCUGAAAUUAUAUAGUGUCUUUGUGCAUGUUUAUGGUCUACCUUACUCUAAAGAAUAUAAGAUUAAGACAGGCAGGAAGUUUUUCUUAUUCUUGGUUAUAACUAUAGCAGUGGGAUAUUGCCUGACACAUAGUGGGGAAUCAAGUAAAGAUCUCGCGAUGAAAAAAAUGUUUGAGGGCCUCAUCAGUCGGAUCACUUUUUUCAGAAGUGGCAAUCAUCCGCUGGUCUAACUCUGCCAGAUUCCAGCAGUUUCCCAGUUUCACUUUCAUUGUCUCUGGGAAAUCUUGUCUCUCUUGCAAGAUUUGCAAUUGUAGUUUGCAGGCUGGUCCUUUGCCUGUAAUUUGCAUUGAAUCCAGCUAUCUGAGAGACUGACAUUUGACAAAGACUUUGGAAUGAAGGAUGGGGACAGAUGGAAUAGUACAUUAUACAGGGAUAUUUAGUGGGGACUAAAGUUAGAAGUUACCUAUUCAUCAGUUAAUAUUUUUGUCUUAUGACAGAAUUCCUACCUUCCUGGGACCAUGAUAAUGCAUACUUAGAAAAUGAGGAUCCUCCGGGUGGUAGCAGGGACCAGAGAGGGAAGCUUUUAAUCUGUUCAUUAGUUUCAGAGGGCUUUACAGAUGAAAUGACUUGAACUGGACUCUGAGGGAUGAAUAGGAGUUUGCCAGGUCUGGGGGGCGUUUGGAAGAAUAUUUCAAGCAGAGAGAAGAAAAGGGAACUUCACAAAGUUUGGCAUGAUUGGAACCAAGGAUGGGAGUUGAGGGAGUGAGAGAAGUGGCUGAGAAACCAGCAGAGGGGAGAUCCCACUGGCCCUUCUUUGCCAGGUUAAGGGUAUCAGGCUGCUGUCUGAUGCAAAUAAUGAAAACUCCAGAUUCAAUCCAGCUUAAACAAGAAGAUUCAGUCUCCUGCAUAACAGGAAGUUCAGGGGAAGGGCAGGCUCUAGGGUUGGUUAGUUGAGCAUUCAGUGACAGCCGCGAGGACUCAGGGUCUUUCCAUUGCUCUGCUCCACCGGCCCCAGCGUCUGCAACAGCCUUGGGUUGGUUCCCUCUGCUCACAACUGGCUGCCUAAAGCAGUUGGACUCUCUGCACUUCCUCCUUCAUGUCUGGUUUGAAAGAGGGUGGCUUUCUGUGGCUCUUUCCCUAAAAGCAAGGACACUUUUCUCCAGCACCCUCCUCCACUUGACUUCCGCAUUCUUGAACCCAUCACUACUGGGAAGUGGGAGGGGAGUCCCCAUAGAUCAGUCAGACUCAGAGCUGGGUGCAGGACCAGCUCUUCCCUGAGGUGCAUGGCUGGACUGGGGAGUGGUGGGUACCUGAGAAAAAUGGGGAUUCGGUUAGUGAAGACGUGAGUUGGGUCUUCACAAAGUGGAAAGUGAGGAGCUGUUGAAACGUUUUAAGCAGGGAAGUGACAUCAGAUUUGUGUUUUUAUUAAAGAUCAUCCUGGCAGCUAUUAUUGGGGCUCAUGACAGGCUGCCCUAAAAUAUUCCACAAUGGCAUAUUGAUUAUUUUGAAUUAAAGUCACUUGAGAAGCAGCCAGUACAAGAAGGGCACUUUGACCCUCCUUUGUCUCUCUGAAUGCAGGAAAUAAAUUUCCCAUGUGAAAGAUGCUCUCCCUGCAUUCUUUGUUUUCUUUUCUUUUUGUGAGGAAGAUUAGCCCUGGGCUAACAUCUGUGCCAUCUUCCUCUAUUUUGUAUGUGGGACACUGCCAUGGCUUGGCUUAAUGAGCAGUGUGUAGGUCCAUGCCCAGGAUUUGAACCUGUAAACCCUGGGCUGCUGAAGUGAAGCAUGCAAACUUAACUACUAAGCCACCGGGCUGGCUCCUCUCCCCGCAUUCUUAUCACCAGAGUUGGGGAAUUCAGGGCCUAGAAGCCUUUAUAAACAAAUCUUGUUACUUUUACUAAUUUGCUACUCAAGCCUAAACUCUGUGUAAAUUCCUCGCUAAUUACGUACCCCAAACCUAAGUUUCUUUGUCCUAUCAAUUCCUCCCAAAUUUAUUGUUUCUUUGUACACAAAGGUAUGUAAACUGCCUGCAUUUUUCACUCUCUGAGCAUCAUCUUUCUAUGAUCUCUCAUGCACAUGUAUUAAAUUGGUUUUUAUCCUGUUAA